AAGUCCAGUUUACGAGGAGGGUCCAAGAAUCAUUUCCACGGCGCAGCAAGCCCAUUGUGACGUAAACUGGUCCCACUAGCAUGGUCCAUAGUGUCUUCGUCGGUCCCACACGGACUUUGUUGAGUAGAAAAAAAGCAGCCCGGCCUUGCCUCUGUCCGUGGAGAUUAUAAAAUCUCGGAUAAGCUUUCCAUCGGUAUGAUGCACGAGUUGGAAGCUCACAUAUAGGCCCACUCGAGAAAGUGGAAGGAGAAGGAAAGUUUGGUGGAGACGAGCGGACGACUAUAAGCACAGCGGCAUUGCUAACGGCCUGUUUGGUGUGCAAUCUUAACGCGUAAGAUCUGAGAUAUGCUUCAAAAGUAGCAUCUGCUGUCAAUCUUUCGCGACGUGCUGGUUGCCGAGGGAAAGGGAUGAGGACAAACGGCAUGAAGCUGAUUCGACUCUAUCCAAGCAGCUCAAAUUUUCUUACCCCGUGUACAGAUUUGUCAUCCGAGUAAUGGACAAUAGCAGGGAUCGUGCUCUAUAUUCCUCGGACAGGGUCGAUCCCUUUUUCUGUUGGUGGCCAAAAUCCCUUCACCUAAAAUCUGUGAGUCUUACCAACUAUCUUCACUCAUAGCUCUCGAGGUCUCCUUGGUAGGUGCUGAGCUUGACCAAACUCAUCCCAGGACAACGCUCUUGCCAAAUCUUUCUGGCAGCUGAGCCAACUUUUAGCAGCUUGGAAGUUUUGAUCCACGAGACAAGGUAGCCCAUGAUGUUCAGACCUGUGAGCCCCUCCGGAAUAUGUACCGGAGGUCUAUCGAGAAAAUUGAUGCAAAUCUAACGAAGAAGGAACGACCAAUCAGUUUCUUGACCAUUGCGCCUGAAGGCCUUGUGUAUGAAGGUGACUGUACGACGCGCAUUUUGCUCUUUGCAGUAUUUUGUUCGUUUUCUACUUACCCUUCUCUGGCCCAAGGCAAGAGAUCCCGAUCCUGUCCAACACUGCAUAUUGCAAGCACCAAGUUUGCGAUGGCAUCCCUCCUAGAGCCACGGAUUCGAUCAAUCUAUAAAGAAUUUCAACAGUUUAACCUACCACGUGAUCCGUUCGAACUUUCGAUUCAUGCAAUGAGUCUGAUUCUGGAAACGUCGAGACUUCACGUCCAGCUCAUUUUCUUCGUCUCAUGCUGUCAUCAUUUUUCGUUCAAAAGCUGUACUGUCAGCCCUUUCGACCAGAGGCAGAGAAUGCCUUUCUGUUUCCUUUACUUUUGUAAAUAUGACAGUCAGAAUACCAUAAGGCAAUGAAGAACGAGACUGUCACGACGGAUUUGUCUUCGUGUAGUCCUCGUCUCAUCGAUGACAGCAGGCAGUGCUGAGGAAGAGUGGUGUAACUGCAACAUCGGACACAAAUAUAGACGAGAUUGACGACGUAAACUAAGGGGUCCAGCAUACAUUUUCAACCACCGUUCUCCUUGAAAGUGCUUGACAGCCGACUAGGUGAUUUUGAUUUUCAGCUCGUGGCGUGAGGGUGGGCAUGACACAGACUCGGAACUAAUGCCAUGCAAAUUGGACGAUUUUCUCUGAGUGACAAGUCGGAGAGACUUCGGCUCAGGAGAAGUUUCAUCAUCCUUCGUCUUCCUCGCAUGUACAGCAGGCAGGCAGUGCAACAUUUCAAUGUUGUACAUACGCGUGUUGCUCAGGCUAUGGUGAGUUGUGCACAGGAGCUCAUGUAAGAAUAGGUUCCGAGAGAGCAGCCAUCUUUCACGUGCGAAGACUACAGUCGUGACGUUCAGGUGCCGCCAUGAUAGCGUUGGGGUAACAUCAAGGUGUUCGUAGAGUUACAGCAGAGGGUCGUUAGUACAUCGCUUCGAAGAGCGGCUGGGACUUGAGACUUCCUUCCUAUUUCUGGUCAAAGAGUUGUUGAAUUUGGACUUGCAUUUGCACGAUGUGCGAAAAAUGCAAAAAUUUAAAAUCACCGACUCUUGGGCCAGACAUUGGAAUAUAGUUUUACUCACUUCGAUGCACUCGAACCCGAGCCGCCAACAUGCAUGCGUGUGCUAUUCGGGAAGAAUGUUAUGGCCGCGUACAGUGGCGCAAUGACACAACAUGCAGGCGCUUCUUCUUCACAAUGAACUGACAAGCAACUGUGAGUCCAGGAAUGCUUCACUCAGCUUGCGGGAGGGAGGAAGACAAAAGCGUCGAGUGUAUCAAUGAACAAGAGAGAAAAAAUGUGGACUCUGCGACUCCAGUAAUGCGAGAGCGUGGACUGCUUAUGCCUAUCUACAACAGAAUGUAACUGCUUCGUUACAGCUCCUGCACACCAUUCCGCAUCGAGAGGAUUUCUGCUGAUCUAGCAGACCUGGAAACAUCUUAUCCUUUCAGUGUACAGUGAGUGGUUUCAAACCACUCCACACUGGCUCAGGACAGAUACAGAAAUCCUCGAGUCAUUAUGUCAAACGCGGAUGCAAAUGCUCGUGACAGCCGACGAUAGGGGCGAUAGAUUGACAGCGGCUAUAUAGACACAAGUAACGCCAAGGCAUUGUAGAACUCGUGCUGAACCGCAAGCAUCACAUGUAUAAAUGCUCGGCUGUUUCACAGAAUGCUGCCUUGGCGAAAACCUGCACAUUCUUUAAGAUAGCAGGCAAGACUAGGCACAGGGCUCUGCGAGCAAUGAUGCAAUACUUGUACAUGUUGUCCGAAAAUAAAUGACACAGCAGCUCGCACUAAUCACGAUUGUUAACCAUCUGCUUGGUCUGAAGCAAGCAGACACGUGAUAGUUAGGUGCUCCGGCGCCAUGCGCCCCCUUGCUCGGGUGAAAGGGAACGGAAGGGCAGGGGCCGACAGAGCUGCACAGCAAUGAAUUUUACAAUCCGCUAUUUUAAGAAUCUACGAUCCUCUGGCCCAGAUUCAUACAAACGCUAUCUAGCUCCGACGUCCACCACCAGAGCUACAAAAGUUCCCAGGACGAGCUCGCUCUCCCGCCCCUCGAGUUCAUUCCGUCCAAGGACGGCCUCUAUUCGACAGAUAGAGUGUACUUUGGAC